UGCGUCAACAGAAAGUGACCCCCCACGCGUUCGUGCAAAUGAUUGGGGCGUCUUGUCACUUCUAUGAGCAACAAAAGUGGUUGGAAUAUCCAAAGCACAGACUAAUACGACAAUGUGCAAAGUUGCGCAAAAGGGUCAUAGAAGUGGAGUGCGCACGGUCCCGUCCGUCUACAAUCUUGUGACGCACGAAGAAUUAUUGUGGAGAUGCUGUUGUCAUACCUACCUGCGGGGCCAGCUUUCCUUGCUCUUAGCAUUGUCGGACUCAGGAAACGAUGGAGUUAACCGGUCAUCCGUUCUGAUUCCCCUCCACAAAAUCUGUUUAAUUCUUUUGCAUCUCCGAAUGUCCAUCGCUGCCUGAUGAUUGAAUUGCCUGCGGCAUCUCUCUUGCCUCGCAUUGCCAAUUUGUGGCGGUCCUCUAAUUUUGGUAAUAGAGCUAGCAAGAGCCUUUCUGGUGGUCUCUCAGGGUUCUGCAGCAGGAGCAGGUCUCCGUUUGCUUCUACAACUAGGGUUCGUGGUCGCCUGGAGAAUAGGGUUUCUUCAUCGAUUUUCUUUUCUAGAUUUUCAGUAGCUGUGAGAGCCUCGAUGGAGGCGGCUGCAUCGGGUGACACGAAGGAUUUGAAAGAGGAGGUGCCGAAUCUCGAUCCUAUCAUUCAAUACAUUGUGAUUCGGAAGGAUUUGGUUGACACAAUGAAGUGGCCACUCGGGAGUGUGAUUUCGCAGGGUUGCCAUGCAGCUGUUGCAGCCAUCUGGCUUCACAAAGAUGAUUCCGUGACCUCUGAGUAUUGCGCCGGCGAAAACCUAGAUAAUAUGCAUAAGGUUACGCUGGAGGUGAAGGGAGAGACCCAGCUGCGCAAUUUAGCUCAGAAGCUGGAGAUCGGUGGGGUGGCACACAAGCUGUGGAUGGAGCAGCCUGAGAAUUUUCCGACUUGCCUUGCUACAAAACCCUAUCGUAAGAGCGAGGUCGCUUCUUUUUUCAAGAGUCUCAAACUUUGCCGAUAAUAGUUUGAGUAUCUUAUCAAAGUUGUGCUUUUCGAAACACAUUUUGCAGACUUAGCUUUGAUACAACGAUUGUGAAGGUGCAACUUCGCCACUAAACCCAUUUUCGUGCGAGGUUUUGCACCAAUUGUUUGCAAUGAAUCUGAGGUUGAUAAAUUUUGUGAUCUGCUCAAA